CGUUGCCGAAUAUACAUUAGCAAUCGUUCAUUGAUUGACGAUUAAUCCGAGAACGGAAACAGUUCUGCGUAUAAUAAGGAAACUCACUAAUUCAUAGUGGUGAUACAACACGCGGAGAAACAACAAACUUUCUUAUUCAGAUCACGAAUCUCGCGCGUCUCGACAAGUCCAGACAAAUCUGGACAGAAUUCAAAUCGUAGAACGACGAUCUUUUUGGAGAGAGGAACCUAGAGAGGCGAUCUCUGUAGAUCCUGCAACUCGAUCAGUGGCGCGAAGCGGCUAAGCGGCCACACGCGCCACCAGAGAUGAAAAGCCUUUUCAUCUCUGGCGCCACACUGUAUUUCAGUUUGUAACCUAUAAGGUUUUAUAAAUCAAUUAACUAUUUAUAUUCCAAUUAUAAAGUAUUGUAAAUGUGAUCUAGUUAAAACUACACAAAAAAAAUGUCAUCGUUAUAAUUUCUUAUCGGCGAAGUUUUCCUAUGUAUAAUAUAUACUAACCUAUGUAAGAGUCGAACCGACGGAAAUGAAAAUUACUUCGCAUUAGUUCAUUCUUUAUAUUCCAGUAUUCCACUGAUUCCACGAAGCAGUACACGUAUGCGUAAUAAACAUGGCUCAAUUAAUAAUGAAUUGGUUUUUUACGGAAGAAUGUAUCGAAGAAUAUUUCGACGACUUAAAUUUUUUUCAUGUUGGAUGUUUCAAGGCAACCUUGAGCAAAGUUCUAGCCCUCGGCAUUAUCAGUGGAUCACUUUUCGUUAAAGUACCGCAGAUUAUAAAAAUUAUUAAAAACAAAAGUGCAGAGGGUAUCAGCUUGUUCAGCGUGUUAUUGGAUUUAUUUGCCAUCACUGCAAUGGUAUCCUAUAGUUUCGUCAGUGAUUUCCCAUUCAGCUCAUGGGGCGACGGAGUUUUCCUUGGACUGCAGACUUUGACAAUUGUUGUAUUAGUUAUGCAUUUCAAUGGUAAUACAGUUCAGGCAACUGCAUUCUUCACCGCUUAUUUAUCAGUUCUACUUGCCGUCGUCAGUGGCUUGACUCCUCUGAAGGUCCUUUGGGCUUGCCAAGCAAUGAAUAUACCCAUUGUUCUUAUUAGUAAGUUAAUACAAGCCUAUACGAAUUAUGCAAAUGGAAGUACUGGACAACUAUCAGCAGUGACUGGUUUUAUGCUAUUCUUUGGAUCUCUAGCAAGAAUAUUUACUUCUGUUGUGGAGACAGGAGAUAUGACAAUGAUAGUAAUGUAUAUGUGUUCGACUCUUGCAAAUGCUAUAAUAGCUGCUCAAAUUUUAUACUACUGGAAUGUAGGUACAAAUAGCAAAGAUAAACUUCAAAAAGUACAAUAAAUAAAUUAGUAACAUUUUU